AUGGGUGGUGUAUUACGAUUACGGCCCAAGCAAGCGAAAGGAAGCCACACCAGCUUCCCCUCAAAACUGGUGUGCUUCUACUCGUCGUUUUUUUUGGCCAGGAUGAAGAGAUCAGCAAAAAUCAAGUUGACGGAAGCAGCUUUAGAAAAGAAAGUUUGCACGUAUGUUGGAGAAAAUGCUGCUUCCACUGCCGUCGAAACGAAACCCUGUGACAUUGAAGAUUUGUGGAAGGUACAGGUACGAUAG